AUUUAGUCUGUGCUACAGAGCAAAUUAUUCCUCAUUCCAUUCUGUCAGCAAAAACUAUUAGUCGUGUCUCUUUCUUUGUGAAAUACGUGCAUUCAGAAUACUGCAAGUAAAAAAAAAAAUAAAUCAGUGAUUUAAAAAUGCACAUGUCAGAAGUAGGGCUAGAAGCAAUGACUCAGAAAGCAUAUCUGUUUCAGUUGGUGUGUAACAUGCAUCCAAAAACUUGCUGUGAUUUUAAUUUUCCUUACCUAUGUGGUGGGCACCAGCCUGCUUCCAGUGGCUUAAUUUUUUCCUUCUGAGUGGUAGGGCAAACCCAAAUGGCUGCCAUUUAUUUAUUUUAAUUGCAAGGGUGGUUGCAACCCUUGAGCGUUUUGAGAGAUGUUGUGCUUUCAGUUUUGGUCUUCUAAGAAAACUGUCUCAAAGCUGAAUGCACUGAAAUUUCUUCACAGGAAGGUCCAAUUUUUUUAUUUUUAUUUUUAAUAGAAGAGACCUGUCUUACUGUAACACAGGAACCUGGUGGUUCGUAUUUUAUCUUUUUGGAAAGAGCUCAGAGGAACCCAGGGAGUUUCAUAUAACUUUCUUAUCAAGACAGCUAUGAGUAUGAAUCUAAACCUACAAAUGCAAUAGAUUCUCUCUAUAAAUGUUCAGUCCCUUGUUUUCUCUGCUUCGUUCAAGCUGCAUAAUGUGGAGCUGUUGGAGCGGGUCCAGAGGAGGGCGGUGAAGAUGAUCAGAAGGCUGGAGGACCUCCACUAUGGGAAUAGGCUGGGAGAGUUUCAGCCUGGAAAAGAGAAGGCCCCAGGGGGACCUUGUAGCAGCCUUCCAGUACCUGAAGGGAGCCUACAGGAAAGUUGGGGAGCACUUGUUAGAAGAGCAUGUAGUGACAGGAAGAGAGGAAAUUGUUUUAAAUUGGAAGAGGGCAGAUUUAGACUGGCUAUCAGGAGGAAAUUCUUUACUGUGAGGGUGGUUGCCCAGAGAGGCUGUGGAUGCCCCCACCCUGGGAGCAAAUCCGUGCAAAUCCAUGGUGGAUUUGUAUUUAGUAAUGGGACUAUGGAAGGCUGCUGCAUACCUAAUGUCUACCCUUUCCCCUUCUCCCUCCACAAGGUCUGAUUUAUGAGAGAGAGUAUUUUAUGGAUGCGUGUAGCUGGAAUUUUUUCCCUUUGUUUACUUGUUUAUUUCACAUUUUGCUCAGGCUUGGUUGCAGUAUCUUAAGGAUAAAAGAUUGUAAAUGUCCAUCCAUACUGAACUGUGGAAAAUCCUGAAGGGAACAAAAACCUGUUUUCUCUUUUUUUCUGAAGAAAGCUUCAGAUGAUUAGAGAGAUGGAAUAGAAUAUCUAAGCUGCCAAUCUUUGGGAUUGCUAUUUUAAGUUAGCCUAUUUGAAACCCUUUUAAGUUUUUCUCAGGUUCCCAUGUGGCAUCUCUAGAAGAGGUUAUUUCUGAGAGUUUGUGAUGCACAAUCUGCAGAAAUGAGGAGUAACACUGAUGUAGCUAAAUAAUGGUAUGUUAGGAGUAUAGGCUGGCCAACACGAUUUCAGUGCAGCUCUGAAUGGAUAGCACUUCCAAAUGUGUGGAGUGAAAACAAAUUAUUUUGUCAUGAGUAUUUGCUCUUGUGUUUUCUAUUUGUGUGUAAUAGGAUGUAGAAGUCUUGUUUCUUUUGAGAGAAGCAAGUAUUUCAGCCGUGUAUGAUUAUUAUUAGAAUCACAGAACAUCCCGAGCUGGAAGGGACCCAUGAGGAUCAUUAAUUCCAGCUCCUGGCCCCACACAGCACCACCCAAACUCCAAGCCUUAUAUCCGGGAGCGGUGUCCAAACACUCCUUGAACUCUCACAGCUCAGUGCCGUGCCCACAGCCUGAGCAGGCUGUUCCCUGCCCACCGCCCCCAGUGCAGACCCUGUCCCUCACCACAGCUGCCUUUCCCCUGACACAGCUCCAUGCUGUUCCCUCAGGCCCUGUUGCUGUCACAUCUCCCAGAUCCUUCACCGUCCUCAUAGUCACCCUUUGCCCUCUUUCUAAUGGUUCUAUGUCCUUCUCAUCUUGUGGUGCCCAAAACUGCACGCGUUACUUUUUUUUGUAAUACAUUUAUGUUUAUCACCAGCCUGACUAGAUCUGGAAUUUAUUUUUUUUUUUUAAGAAACAAGAAAAAAUUGCUCUGAAAAGCUUCCCAUGCUUUCUGAGCUGAUGUCGGUUGUAACAGCAGGCAGGGAGGUGCUACUUGAGCAGGGUGACUGAAUAACUGCUAAAAACAUACCUGGCUGAAGUUAUUGAAACUGUCCUCUCCACCACCCCGGCAGUAAUGAAAAGGCUAAUCUUCUCUAAGUCUCUUAUAACCCAUCAAUCUCUUAAGGGUCUGGAUCUGUGAUUAAAAACAGAGGGAAAGCAGCUGUCUUUUUAUCCUCUCGUAAUUAUUCCUUGGUCGUCAAUAGGUGUUGAUUUCCUGGGAGUGUCAUGGUGAUAGAGGUUACGUUUCCCUGUGUUGUUGGGACUCAAUGUUCAGGGGUGUUGGUUGUUUGAGUGCUCCACUGAGAGCCCUGGGGAUGGAAAGCUUGAGUCUUGUUCUCUGUGAUUUCACUGCAUCAUGAAGGUUUGGCUUAUUUUGGAAACGUGCACCUAAAGGCCAAAAAACAGCUAUCCAGUGUCAAGGCAAGGAGGGGCCUCUUUAAUUACCUUUUCUCUAUUUUUUUUCUUCUGCUGCAUCACACCAGCUGGUGGUAGGAAUGGGUUUUAAAAUGAUUUUAAUUAGAAAGUCAAAACCAGCAACUUGCUUUUUACCGCUGAAAUUUGAUGAAUAAAUUUCAGUAAGCAUUUCAGGUUUGUUCUGUCAUUGCUGUUUCCAGACCUUGUUGCUGCAAUUAAAAGUACGAGUAGCUAAAUUCUUACUGGUAAAUCCUGGACACGACUAGAGAUGUGUCUAAGUGUUGUACUUGCACUUUUGACUAGAAGGAGUUAGUUCUGGGAGGCUGUGAGCCACAAGGUGGCCGCUUCCUGGUCAGUAGCACCUCGCUCUCUCCAUGGGGCUCCAGAGGAAGUUUUCAAUGUCUUCCUACUUCCUGAGACAUCCAUACCCAUCUACUUGUUUAAUUGCACAGCUACAGAUGUCAAGUGUAAGAGGACUAAUUCAUGCUGUGUCCUACUUUCAGUGGCAAUGACUGUCAGUCACCUUGUUACUCUGUUACUUGGUAAGUGCAGUUACUUUUUCCUUCAAAUAUCAAGUACAGGAAGACUUUCAGCUAAGAAAGAACCCAUCUGAUACCUGAGAAUGGGUUAUUUUUAGUGUCCCAGGAGUACCCAGUGAUGUUAAUCCAUUUGUGUCUCAUUUUCAGCAUCUGCAGACUUGGAAAAAUUUGUCUCUCAAGAAGGGAGGAGGGAGAAGGAAUGUUUAGGAAGUAUUCAAGUUUGUUAUUUAGGUGAACAAAGGAGGCAUUUAAAAUGUAAAGGGUGUCUCCUAAAACAGGCCAGUUAUUUGCAAUAAAGAUUUCCACCCUUAGUAUUUUCUAGAAAUGAAAAGUCAACAAUAAGCAAUGAAGUCUAUGAAUCUAUUGCUUUGGUUUCUCUCCUGUAGCCCCUCCUCAUGCAACUGCCUGUAUGUAAGGCAGACCAGUGUAUGAUGUGAUGAAGACCAAUGAGUGAGGUGGGAUUCAUACGGAUCUGGAUGUGUAUUUUUGAGUAAAAUCUGUGCCAUGGUUAUAUUAAGCUGAUGACUUUUCUUGCAUGCAUGCAAAUUUGUUAUUUCUUUGGCUAAUUCUGGGCUGUAAAUACACAUCAGUGGUGAGAUGCGCCUUGUGAAUAUACUGCUACAUGCAUCACCAAUUGCUCUUAGAGCCCGAACUCUUAAAGCUGAAAUACCCUUCCCCAUGCUCAAAACCAGCAAUUGGCCAUGCCAUGAGCCAACCAAGAGGUAACUACUCUCUUUGGAAGAUACUGAGGUUGCAUGUAUCUUGAGCUACAGUAACAAAGUUAUAAAUUUAAAAUUAAAACUGCGUGAAAAUGAAGUAUUUUAAGAAAGAUUUUUCUUUCUUUCUUUCUGUGAGAAAAUUUUUGAUGACCAAGCAUCUUAAGUGGUAAGUGAAAGCAACCAAGUGUACCUUACUUUUGGUAUCUCAGAGUGCAUUUCAUUGUUGUGGAGGAUGCAAGUUUUAAUAUUUGAAACUACAAAGAAAAUGCCUUUGUGCCUCUCCUGCAGGCACAAAAAAAAAAAAACAAAAACAAAAACAAAAACAAAAAAAAAAACCUGUAAAAAUCCAGUCAUUGAUUAAAAAUUAACCCCAAAACUUCCUAGUGUGCAAUAUUUCAUGUAGCUCUGAUUCCCGCCUUUAUUAACAUUUUGUAAUGUCAUGAAAGCAACACAGCUAUUUCAUGGUCUCUUAAGUGUUUGCUAUGCCAUUUGAUCUCGUGUGGCAUGUGCAGGGAAAAAUGAUAGAGCUUCUCUCUCCUUUUUGAGCAUCUGAAAAAGAAAGCCCAAGCACUAAUGAGUGUUUGUAAUUCAGUGUUACAUGAUGUUACCUGAUACGUGAUUAUUUUUCCAGAUGCCAAGUGGCACACUUCAAAGUACCUAAAUAUCCUGUAGAUUUUAAUGUACAUUCUUCAUUUGCUCAGCAGUGAAAGGAGGCUGGUUAGUAACUAAGAGUUGCUAUUUGCUUAGGCCUGGUACAGACAGACACCUUCCACAAGGUGAGUUGACUGAUAAUCUAGUUAAAAUGUUAUGAGCUGACAAUUCAAACAAGGUAUGUAAAGACUGGGAAGAUGAAAGAAGGAAGAUGUGUCAGAGUGCAAAGUUCCCACUUGGGAUGAUUGGGAUUAUAGAUGCAAAAAAUGCGUCACAGCUGCAUGACUUUCCCUUCCUGUGGUGCUGAGAUUGCUGGGCAGUGAGUGCUCACCUAAAGUCUCCUUUGUUCUGCACAACAUCGUGUUGCUGCACACGUGCAGCUGUGCUGUUUUGAGGACUUGGAAUCAGUAUCCUCACUCUGGCUCAAUGUUGAGGGAGUAGCAGGACUACUUUCCAAAAAAGGUGCUGUAUGACACACAUAGUACCUACAAACUCUGGCUGUUGCUGGUGAGGGAGAUGAUAUCUCGUGGGUUUUUGCGCUGCGAGAUUAGUUGAACCUUGUUAAAGGAUGGAUUUAAUUUAAAUCAUGUUUUAUAGUUUGUCAGACCCUUCCUUGUCUGUAUAAAUGUCAUCAGUGGUGCACUGUAGAGCCCCAAACCAAAUCAUUUCAUUGCUUAGAAAGCUGGAAGCACAGAAAUUCAACAAGGGCUCUUGAGUUAAACAAACACAAAGUUCUAAGUAAGUAGGUAGAAAAUAUAUUUCUCUAAAAAGAAAUGCCCAAAGUUCAUUUUCAUAGCCAAGUCCCUGACUGUGUCAUGUCUAACAGACCAGAAAUCUCCUAGAUGCUACUGGAGCUAAAUGCAUCUGCAGGAAUUAGGCACUCAAGUGCCUUAUGUGCUAAAGUCCAAUGUUUACGGAUCAGCGGUGUUCACAUAACCUUCACUUAACUCUGUAGCACAGAACUGGACCCAGUUUUCUCAGAUCCCUGUCUCACUGCUGAAGUUGAUGGAUUUCUUGGUAUAAUAGUGGCUUCUUUUACAACUGUCCUUUGUGGAAAGUAGACGCAGUUCAAAGAGACUUGCCAGAUAAGGCCUCAGGCUGAGAGGAGAGGGAAUGCCGGUUUUAGGAAUGAUGAAGGAGCUUUUGGAUGAAGCAGACCUUGAGUAGGUCAGCAGUGCCAGGCCUCAAGACAGUUAUGUCUAUACCCAGCCUCAGAAGUGUGAGAUCUGUCCCUAGAAAUGCAUCCAGAAGGAAGUUAAGUACUUUAAGGUGCCACAGACAUUCGGUGAAUGAAACUGGGGUCCAAGGGAUGGACAGAGCAGGAAUCAACAGUGGAGUGUAAGGAUGCUACUUUUUCCUUUUGCAAUCUAACAUGUUAAUUUAGGAACUUGGAGAUUGUUGAGUAAUGAAGUUAAUGCGUUUAUUCAACAUGCUGGGUGAAAAUAAGGCUAUCCUCUUCUAUCUUUAAGACUGUCUUCUCUGUUUAACUGUCUUGACUGUUACUAGCUCCUUCAGCUAGAGUCCGCAUCAGCGAGAAUGCAAUUUCCAUGCAUUGUUUCAGUCUGGAAAUGAAAUAAUUUUCAUUAAUGGAAACCUGGUUCUCAAGCAGAACAAUUAGACCCACUUCAGGUUGAAAAAAGAUAAAAGCAUGCUAAUUUGGAUGGAGGACUCUUCUUUCAAGGCAGCCAAUUGAGUCAUCAGCCUGCCACCCACCUGACCGUCUGACAGGUAAUUAGGAGAUAGUCCUUUUUUUUGUGUGGAGUGUGUGCAUAAACCUGCACACGCUGGUGUCACUGCCCAUUGGGACUUCCAGAGGAACGAGCUAGUCAGUGGCAAAAGAGUGAGGAGGGCACGUUUCUCAGGCUGUGCCCAACGAUCUGACUUGCUUUUUGAUUUAGCUUCCUAUUUCUGUCUUUUAGCAGCCACCCCAAGUUUCUGGCAGUAAAGUCAUUAUGGCAGACCUGGGUUGCAAAAAGCCCACUGACUGCACCGUCUCCAGGCUGCUCAGCGUCGUGGAGAGUGAACUCCGGGCAGGGAGAGACAAAGGUGACCCCACUGAGAAGCAGCUGCAGGUUGUCUUAGAGGAUGCUACCCUCUGGCAGAGAUUCAGAGAAGUCACCAACGAGAUGAUUGUGACCAAGAAUGGCAGGCGCAUGUUCCCUGUUCUGAAGAUCAGCGUAUCAGGCUUGGACCCCAACGCCAUGUAUUCUUUCCUGUUAGACUUUGCCCCGACUGAUGGCCACCGCUGGAAGUACGUCAAUGGAGAAUGGGUGCCAGCUGGGAAACCGGAGCCACCAAACCACAGCUGUGUCUACAUCCACCCAGAUUCUCCCAACUUUGGGGCCCACUGGAUGAAAGCUGCCAUCUCCUUCAGCAAAGUCAAACUCACCAACAAGCUCAGUGGGAGUGGGCAGAUAAUGUUGAACUCCCUGCAUAAAUACGAGCCUCAAGUACACAUAGUUCGUGUAGGAGGCCCCCACAGGAUGGUGAUGAACUGUUCCUUCCCUGAGACUCAGUUCAUAGCUGUGACUGCCUAUCAAAAUGAAGAGAUAACAGCUCUCAAAAUCAAGUAUAAUCCCUUUGCCAAAGCCUUCCUGGAUGCAAAAGAGAGAAACCAUCCCAAGGAUGCACCAGAAGCAGUCUCUGAAGGUCAACAUAUGACAUACUCUCACUUGGGUGGCUGGUUGAUUUCCAACCCAGAUACAAUGUGUGCAUCAGGAAGCUCUAAUUACCAGUAUACUGCACCUUUACCUUUGCCAGCUCCACACGCUCCCCACGGCUGUGAGCGAUAUUCAGCACUGCGAGGGCAUCGGGCUGCUCCAUACCCACCUUCCUACAUGCAAAGAAAUCAUUCACCUACAGUGAAUUUUUUGGAGAGCUCCAGCAAUAAUCUUCAGGUAUUCUCAGGACAUGACAGCUGGACUUUGCCAUCCUCUCCACAUGCUAAUUUGCUCUCUGUGCCACACACCAAGGGAGCUGCCAGCCCGGGGCCCAGCCAUUACCCUUGCCUGUGGUCUGUGAGCAACAGCGCUGUAAGUGUCACCAACCCGGGAAGUGAGGUGAACAGCAACACUUCAAGCAUGUUUUUAAGGGGUAAUGUACCCUUACCAACUGCAUCUUCAUCCGUCCAAAUCCCUCUGCAGGCAACUGCGUCUGGCAGCAUGGAAACACAAGGGGAAGCCCCUCUAGUCAGACUUGUCGACUCUGCGUGGACGUCCUCACACUCCUUUUAAUGGACAGGCAGCUCAAAAGGAAAGCUCAGCCAAACAAGAGAGAAACAAAUGGCAAAUGGCAAAGGAUCCCCAGGAACUGAGCUCAGAACAGGGAUGUGUACGCAAAUUACUUCCCAUCAAGCAUCAUUUUCCAUAAUGUAUCUCUUGUGUGCCAGAAAAACCAAAAUGUAUAAUGCAGAGGAGGGAAAUCGUAGGGGAACUGGCUUAUUACUGUAACCUUCCUGCAUUAUUGAGAAUGAUAUCCAGAAAGAAUCUUUAUAGUUGGCUUUGCUCCUUCCUCACAUCAAAAUGAUCAGAGAUAUGGGACUGACCGAAGCAGACAUGGCAGCUGGAUAUUUGCACGUCAUUUUAGAAGGGCCCUUUCUGAAACUGAAAGCCAAGUCCAUGAAAAUUGUGGACAAAUUUGCAACCAUUGAUUUGAAGUGACAGGGCUGCUUUAAAGGCUUUCUGAAUUUGUCACAUGAAGGUUUCCUGAAACUAAGCUUUUUAGAGGGGUUGAGAUUAGUCUGACACCCUAAUUCAGCUUGCAUAUGGUAUUCUCUGUCCCUUUCCUUUCUUCAGCUCUUGUGUGCUCUUUCUGUGUUAUAGGGAUAAAGGACAAUGCUCAAGCUGAGAAAGCAGCUGCAUUGUAGCAGCAGGUGAAGGGCGUCUGGUUUAGCAUUUAUAGUCUAAUGUUAAAUGAAAAGUUCUGAUGUUUUCUGCAUGUGUUAUUUUUGAGAGGAUGGAGGGAAAGUAAUUCUAGAAAAAAAAAUCAGCUUACAUUUCUACUUUGCUUCAGGCAGAGUACUAAUAAAAUAUGAAUCAAUGGUGUAUUAUGGUUUCAGUGCAUUUCCAAGGUGUAAAUGUGCAAACCAAUCAUUUUUACUUACUAACCUCUGAGAGAAUUUAAAUUAGCUCCACCAGAAGCAUGUUGUCAGGAGUCUUCUAUUGCUCUGCCAAUUACUGGCCAUAUGAUCUUAAGCAUGGCAUUUCAUAUCUUUGUACCUGUUUUCCCUUUCACUUUCUGUUUGUUCUUUUGUUUGUCUGUCUGUCUGUUUGUUUGUUUGUUGAAGAGCUUCCUUUUUAAGGUUGUUGCUUUUCCUUUCCCAUGAGAGAGUACAAUAUCUAUCACAGCAGAAGUCUGAUCCUGUCAGCGAUAUCCAACUACUAAUAGUAUAAAGCAAAUAAUAACUUACUCCCUCGGAUAUUCCUUGUUUACUUCCUCAGUCAAUCCCCAUUCACUGCUUUCAUGCACAGAGGACUUGCUAUGCACUAAGGAAGUGAGCAGCAGUAAAACAUGUUAAUGUGAAUUAUAAGGUAUGCUCCUGCCUUGUACUCCAUGCUGAUGUACAUUUUCCUUUCUGAGUCUCUGUCAACUGCAGAAACCCCAUGCAAUGUCAGACAGCAUGUGUGAAGUUGGUGGGUUUUUUCAAGUUCUUAGGCCUGAAUCAUACCCUUAAGGCGCUUUCAGUGCUAUGCAGUUUCAUGACACCUCCAUCUGGCUUUUUAGAUUUACUGCAGGCAAGGCACUACACCAGAACGCACUUAAGAUGCUAUUAGUUUUAGUAAUGUGUGCUGUUCUUAGCUGAAAGCAAAGCCAUGAAGUUGUUUCAGACAUGCAUUUCUGUUGAAGGAGGCAUUGCUCAAACAGGAUCUAACAGCAGAAGGUGAAAAGCUCUGUAGCCUACUAUUAAUCUAAUUGUUGACAGUUCUAACUUAAAUCUUCCUUUCCAAAUUCUAUCAAAUUUCUCAGUAUUGCCUUUCUCUACCUUGCAGCCAGAAAUGUCAGUAGAUGUUUCUCUCUCAAAUAGCUCUGCUUUACCACCAGAUGAAGCUGAUUAAUUAACGUAUACUACCCUCUUCUGGCUGCUUGGAUCCCCACAGCAGGUGCUGAGUCUACAUUAAAAUGUCUAUAGAUGCUAAAAAAAGGCAAGUGACGACUUUUCUGUGUGCCACAACUUGCUACGCUUCCUUCACGGUUAAUCGGUUGGAUAAUUGUUAGCUUUCCCUCAAACUGCAUUACAGUAACAGAUAAAUGAUCGUAAGAAGUUAGUUAUGCAAACGGGAAUUUUAUUUCACAAAUAAACAACCUGGGAGAAAAUCCAAUUAGCUUUCCUGAUAGCCCUGCAGGAGGACAGAGAGGGCUGAUAAAGGAUCAGAAUGAUCAGGCACAAGAAUCAAUUUCCUUAUUGCUGUAAAAGCAGCCAUGAUUUGUGUCACAGAAAGUUCUGACGUCUGAGGAGCAAGCUAAGUUUUUGUCGUUGCAGAGUCUGGUUUAGCCUGAGGAAAGGCACAGCAAGAUAAAACCAGCCCAAUGCCUCGAAACACUGUUGCUUUGAUAAAUGCUUUUAGAACUGGGCUCUGGCAAGGGACGGUUUGCUUCUGAGAAGCAGUAGUUGCACUGGGGAUAGCUUUUACCACCGGUCAACAAGGAAGAAACACCACUGUAAAUUUGCAGGUCUCAUUUCCGCAGCACAGUGCCUUGCCCUGCGUGCAGCCGCCGGCUGGGGUGCUCACAGCACUCUCCUCCCUGGGGAAGAAGGCCCUUCAAAUAUAAACCAUCCCCCUCAUGGCACACCGCCAUUUUGGGUCGGACAGACCUCUGCUUCUAUCAGAAAUAGCCAAGCAUUUCUGACUGAUACCUUUCACUUUCUGCUCUACCCGAUGACUGAAAGUGCAGAAAGAGAAGGAAGAGCUCCCUGUUUUCGUAUAUUCUGACAGAUAACUUCCCUGCAAGUCUCCAGUGAGCACACACCUGCGGCACUGAGGCAGGCCACGCCCCUCCUCCUGCUGGGGUGCCGCCAUUUUAGGCAGUCGUUAUGACAGAUGAGUGUGGCUGCAGCUCCUCCAGUAACCUGCAUUUUAAGCCUGCGAGGAAAGCUGGUUCUUUGUGAUGCAGGUGAGCUGGCAGCCUAUGUGGCCUCAACCUAAAAAGCCACAAGUGGGGCCCCUCCUGUGCCUCGCCUUCUGCUUGCCAAUUCUCCAUCCUGCUCUCUCACAUCAGUAGGAAUCCCCUUGGCGUCACCUUAUGCUCCUGCCCAUACCCCAACAGAAGGGCAAUGCAGCUUCCAAUUUUCCAGUCCACUACUGUGGAGUUUUUAGGGAAUGUCCCUUUGCUCACUGACAGGUAGAGGACCAGACAGCACGCAUAUACCAGCAACUGAAGUCUCCAGCUGAAAUGCUUCUUGGUGAGGUGCUUCCAGCCCUAGGCUCCCAUCCAUCAGAGGAGACCAAGCAGCAGUAACUUCCUCAGAAGGCGUUUUCAUGCCUCACAUCCUCCCUGUACCCUGUUCCCUCUUCAGUGGGCUGCAAAACCUUCCCUCCACAGGAACCCAUGCCACUCCCAGGUCAGCUGGUCUGCCCAACUUUGUCCUGUGACUGAGGUAUUUUCAGCUUCUCUUUUGUUUAGAAAGUUUCAUAGCCUGUUAUUUUUCUCCCCCUUCCCCCUUUUCUCUGCAGUUUUACUGACACAGUAUUAGGAACAUUCUUGCUUAUGUGCUGAGUUACAGGCACCAGGAAUUGAGUUAUGUAAAUGAAGACUGGGGAGGGCAGUCAUGAGAGAAGAAGCUGGCAUCAUAAUUCAGCAUGUGCUUUUUAAGGCCCUUAAGAGGAGCGCAAAUGAUCAGGGAUCAUCAAGAGCUCAGGUUCACAAACUUUCAGGCACCUGGGAGAUUGUUCAGCAAGGAUGUUAUGCCUGCUGCAGAGAUGCUUUAGGACGACUGCUCAUUUUUUCCAGGUGCAUAGUGCUGUAAUAACAAAACAGGCUUUUUGAGAAGGCUUGGGUGUUUGACUAGGCAUGUGGCAAACAAGCAGGGAAAAAGCCCUCUGCUACUGGGCACAGAUCAGCCAGAUUUGUAGUGAACAGUACAAAUGAAAACGACACAAACUGGCUCCCAAAACACUUUCCAGUCAAGGGUGCAUCUGUAGACUGCUUUUGCAAAUGCAAAGAAGUGCCUUCUGCACUCUUCUGGGUCAUUGUCUCAGAACCUGAGGCAGAGGGGUGCUCUGUGCUGAAAUCUCCUGUGUGCCUUCCAUCUAUCCAUGCCUUCUCCUGUCAAAAAGAGGUUCACAAAAGAUACGCUGUAUGCCACACUCUGCCUCAGUUCUUGCCUUGAUUUUUUUUCUUUUUCAAGGUGUUUUUUUAGUCAUAUUGUGCAUGCUUUCCUCCAGGAGAACAGUUGUAAAUUGCAAGUUAAGUAUACCUUGCUUCAUUAAUGUCUGUUUUCUUCUUUCUUUCCCCUUCCUCUCCCAGUGCGGGCUCUCACAAUAUUGUAAUGGUCCCUGCGAUUUGGACUUGAUGUUUCAGCAUCCUGCAUUUCUGAAGUAUCCAAAGCUUUGUGUUUAAAACAAACUUGAACUGCUUUUGCAAAUAUGAAUCAUUGCUUGAGUCUGAAACACAAUGAUUUUGCAGAGCUUACCCUGCAAAUUACUUCUGCUUUAGGAUGUGUGGCAGAAAUGCUAGGUCACAGCUUGAAAUAAUGAUUAAACACCUGGUAGGAAGGCAGGGCCAACCCAGGGGAACUCAGGUGCAAGCAGUGCACUUGAUUGUCUGCAUGGGGAGGAGUCAGGAUCCACCCCUUUCUAGACCUCAUAUAAGGGUUGGCAGUGGAGAUAAGGGUAUGUUGUUGGAGCUCCCUGUGUACCUGAGGUCCUCUAAGGGUAAGUGGAUUCUUUCCUUUGUUUUUGUGUCUACAGUUGCUGCAUUUGAGUAUAUUCUUACUUGUUGUAGCCUGUAGGACUCUGCAACUAUGCUGCUGUUGCUGUGCUUUUCAUUUUGUUACAGGAUUCGAUCUAUAACUGGAAGAAUUGCAAAUUUUCUUUGGAUGUAGCAGUUCUCUGAGUACCAGGUCAAUUGCUGCUGUCCUACUAGUAUUAAAAAAAAGCAUUGUCACUUCCUCUGAAUCUGAGAAGGUGACUUGGUAGCAUCCAGAAGGCUUAGGCUUAGCUGCCAGUGUUUCUGUUAUCACCUGUUUUUUGGAUCUGUUCUGCCAAGAGAUGUCAAUUCUCUGUGCCUUUGUUGGCUGGAAUGUAGCAAAUGCAAAAAUAGGGAAAGAAAAGUUGAUGAUAAAGCUGGAUGUACUUUAAAAACUCAGAAGAAAAAAAAAAGGUAUUUUGUAACAUAGCAAAACAUUUCCAUUAGUUUAAACUUAAGCUCUACUAUUUAUCAAUGUUGAGGGUGGGUUCUGGGCUUUUGGUUCAGCUCACAGCUGUGGUUUUGUCCUGAAGCCAGAUCUGAAUACUCAUCCUUGGGUAAAUCAUGCAGCACUUUGGGUUCUGUGUUUCAGUUUGUCUGCUGUUAACGUAAGUACUAACAACUGAGUGAAUAUAACCCUAUUUAUAUUUUAGCCACGUAGUAUGUAGCACAAAGUCAUGUCCCCUGUAAAGGAGAGUUAGUUGAGGAUAUUUGAAGACAUGUUUAUCAGUGGAAGUAUUUUGAAGGAAGUCAGAAAUACAGGUAGAAAGGAUCCUUAUGUAAGUCUCUCUCCUUUAGUAGUUAAGUACGUGCAUUAAAAUUAAUCCUGCUAAUUAAAACACUCUGGUUUCACCUAUGGUGAAUAACACCACUGUUUUCUCCUAUGGUGUGUCACAGUCUGCUAAGCCUGAAGCAACAAUAAAUAAUCCCUACCACCGAGAUGUCAGCACUUACUGAAUGAUUUGAAAAUAUCUUACUGGGGAUGUUACUGAAGCAUGAAGUAUGAGUGCUUUUAUGCUGAGUUGAAGGGGAUGCUCAGUUUUUAAAUGAGAAAUUGGCAGAGAAAUAGUAAUAUGCUAGGAUAUGAAUUAUCUGAAUGAAAUUCCUUGAGUUUUCAUAGACAUUCUGUAGAACUUCACAUAAAUGACUUGCAGGCUCAUAGGUCAAGUGCCUGUGUGUUUUGUUUUUUGUCUCGAGGGCCAUGAUGUUGGCAUUAGACAUCUCCUGUAAGUGGGCUUUUUGUCUUUCUUCUAAAUAUCUGUAGCAGAUCUAAAGAGAUCUGAGGCAGAAAUUCCUCCUCUUACUGCGCGUAUGUACAGUACCAGUAAAAUGAAGUUCUGUCCCAAUGGGAUCUUUUGGCAUGCUAUUAUUCAUAACAAUUACAGAGCUUUGAGUAUUAGUACAUUUUUCUCCAGUUGUAGUACUAUGUUCUCGUGUUCACAGACCUUCAGAGCCAAACUCUGAAUAAGACGUUACUGAUAUUCCUAAAACACAAAACAUCUCCAAGAUGGAAGUAGUCCUUUUAAGUAAUUUGUAGUGCUGGAUGAUGUCACAGAAAAUCUUUAAAAGUGCUUCAGAAAUCUGAAGGAGCCAAAAUGCACCUUUUGCAACGACAUAGAUGUAAAGAUUUCUUUCCAGGUUGCUUUGUGAAAAAUCAAGGAGAACUCCCAUACAAUUCACCUUAGGAUUACUUUUGUUGUAAAUUUGAAACUUGGGCCAUGUUCAGAGCUGUUGAGAGGGCUGGGCUGGGUUUGGGGGCUUUGCAGAUUGCACGAAAUCAAUUGCGCAGGAGCCCCAAAUACUAGAACCACAGUCAGUGACUCGUGUCACAGCUGUUCCCAUUCUUAGCAAAAGAAUGAGGGAUUGAAUCUUCCAGGUGCUUGCUGGCUGCUUUAAUUAUAUCCUGUACUUUUAUUCCAGCAUCUCUGUUGCUUUUCAGAGACACAAAGUCUACAAAAUAUAUAAAAAAAGUAACUUUCCGAUGAUGACAUAUUAACAAAAACCCUUAUUUAAACCAAGAUUAUGUGCUGUCACCCUUGGUUUUGUCAGAUUUGUAUUAAUAAGCCUUAAUGAUGAAUCUUAUUGAGUUCUCCACCCACAUCCCUCAGGCCCAAGGGAUGCAUUUAAGGUCGGCCUGGAUGUUCAGCCUGUGUUUGGAUUAUAUUGAGGAGUGCAGCUGCCCCAGCUCUAUUCCUGAAUUGUUUGGCUUUCCUGGAGCUGGGUUAUCUUAUGGCAUGGUGCUGACUGGGCUGGUGCUGGGACCUGUUGGCAUCGCAGCCCUGCACACCCUAGAAAGCAGCGCCAGACCUGCAGCCUCUGAAGUUUAUAGCAAUCUAAUCUCCACAGCCGUUUACCUGCUCCUUUCUGAAGAAGGGGAGAUUCUGCAAUGCAGCCUUGGUACUGUCCUAAAUGGCUUCAAAUGUGUGUGGUUUUAUCUCAGUUACAGGUAUUGCACUUGAAUGCUCAGAGUGAUGACACUAAACACAGCUCUGAUGGCAGGGCGUUGGUUGAAGUUCAUGUUUGUGCUGUAUGUCUAGUUAAAACCUUGGCGAGAGAGGGGAUCAUCCUUAGGAAAAAGCUAUUUUAUUGUCUUCCUCUGCACUCUGGAGAGGUUAUUCCUCACAACAGAGGCAGCUAUUGAGCAUUGCUGGGUGUCUGGGGGACCCAGGAGAAGUGAGGAUAAGUCCAUCUAAUAUUUCACCUCUGCUGAGACAUGUCUUGUUUGUCCUGUCUGCUUGUGCUGUGAACUCUUCUGAAUCAGAGCAGUCUCUCCCUGUGCUUUUGUUCCAGUUCUUAAUUGCAUUUUGGGGAAAACAGGGCUUUUAGUCACAAAUGCAAUGAUGAAUAGCUGUUUUGGCUUAAAACUGCAUAUGCUGAUAAUAUGAUAAAUUAGCUGCGUAUGCGUGGAAAGAGGCAAGGGUUCUUAUGCCCAGUGUUCAUUGUAGCUGCUAUUAUAAAAUGUCAUGGCUUUUUGCUUGUCUGUUUUUUAAUUUUUUCAGGGAAGGCUCCUCUUCACUCAUAUUUUUAAAUAUUUUUGGAGUGGCCCAAGCAUUGCUUGAAUGAGAUGUUUGGAAUGAUGUCUGCAUGCCAGUAGUUCAGCUUACUCUGAAUUUCAAAAUAGAAGGCUUAAAAAUAAAUAAAAUUGAUUUUAAGGGUUCUGAACUUCUAAAAUUGAGAUGUCUACUGUCAUUUCCAGCCAGACUUGUAACUUGCUUUCUGUCUUAAUUUUGAAUUUUCUAGAUAAUCUUUUUUUAGUAGAGGGUAUGGGAAAAGAAAGACACCUAACCUAAACAAGUAUUAGGUCUGUUAGAAAUUCACAAUUGUUUCAUUUUUCCUUCCAGCAAAGUUGGUAAGAAUAGUUUAAAACUUACUGCAAAAUUCACUUAGUAAAUCAUUUUCUAUAAUUUUGAUGUACACAGAUACAUACAUAUAUCAUAUGAUGUAUGUGUAUAUUUAAAAGAAAAAAACACUUCUGAAAAAGCUGCUUCUGUUUCUAUGUGCCCAGGCAUGACAUCUAUGACUUUAGUUUUUAGAUGCUGUAUCUCUGAAUUUCUUUGGUCUGUCCUCUUCAGCUCAUGCUUGGGAGGAGGAGAUUUGUUGAUUAAGACGUAAUCAGUGCAGAACUGUGGCAGUUCAAACAAAGUGGGAAGAGAGUGAGAGCAGAUGUAACAUAAGCAUACAGGUGAAUGGUGAGACUGAGGUAAGGUCCUGAAGGCAGCUGUUUUGUCUUUUGCUGUUGUGGUGCCAGGCCCCUUCCCUUGGGCCAGGUGACUUCAUAAUAGCUGAUAGCACAGCUCAGUGUGCUGGCAGCACAGCUUGGACAAAAGCACGGCACCCUUGGCUUUCCCUUGCGCUUACUGUGCUGGUGCUGGUACUCUUCCUGGAGGCUUGGUGCAGUCAGGGCUGCAAGUCCCACGUGCUGGUGGUUGUGGCAGAGGUUGGUGCUUGCUGCAUGAACCAAGCAGACUGCAAGCAGGUCCAGGAGCAAGACUGCAAGACCGUGUUGCAUGGUCAUAGGGUCAGACUUUUCCUUCUCUUUCCAUCAUGCUUAAAUACACAGGAAACAGCUUGUUCGCUAGCACAGAAGUGCAGGAAAGUAGUUGUUCUGCUCUUGGGCAGAUUCUGACUGCUGGUAUUCAGGCACCAGGAAACUGAGUUCUCUCAGGGCAGGUUUUCAGUGACUGUGAAAUUCCAGCAUGCCAGUGGGAUGUGUUUUACCAGCUGAGCGUUUUCCUUUAAAACCCUGCAGUGUCUCCAGGCCAAUCAGUUUCAUCCCUGGGAUAAGCAAUGUGUGUGCCUGUGGGUAAUCAGUGUUCGUAACCCUUCCUGUGACAGCAGCUCACAGUCAGGAAGCUGGCCAUAUUCUGUGUCUGAAUGUCCUCGGGUCCUUGCUGUCCCUGCUAUAACAGAUCCUCUCUGCACAAUAAAUAACCAGACAAAAAAAAAAAUCAAUUUCUGUAACAUAUGUUGGUCAAUUGAGCCAAUUUUGCUCUGAAAAGUAGAAUCUCCAGAAGGGACGCAUUGCUUUUGAUAUAUUCUGUCAGCACGCAGUAAAAUGCUUUGUCCAGAUUUAUUUAAAUCUUUGGCUGGGAUUGCCUAGAGCAGGGCUUUUUGACUUUGCUUUUAUAGCAGGAAGUCUACUUUCUGGAGCCCUUUAAAUGCUUUCAAUUUUUCUGUUAAAAGCAUUGAUAAAAACAAGAAGUGCAGGAGUGGAAGGAACCUCCAGGUGCAUGUUCUGCCCACUGACGCUGGAAAGAAAACUUCAUGCAUUUCAUAAAUGUAUUUUAUUGGCAUAUUAAUUGAGGCUUUGACUCUAGUAGCCCAGUGAGAAGGCUAAAGUUUAUUUCUUGCCCAAAUGCAUUUAUAGUCAAUUUAUAACGAUGUGUUCUUGGGCUAGCAUUUCCCCUUAGCUGAAGUGGUUCAUCUCUUCUUCUGUUAUUUGCUGUUUCUAGGAGUUUUUUUUUUUUUUUGUUUUUUUUUUUUUUUUUUUUUUUUUCCAGUUGCAGUGCUUAGCAGUACUUCAUAAAUUGCCAUCUUAAGACAGCGUUACUCUGCUGCUGCUGAAGGAGGAGAUGCUGCUUUGCUGCUUCCUUUGCCGGCCCCAGCAGUGCUGCAGGAACAGCACGAACUGUGUCAGCUCCCCUCUGCUCAGCCGAAGUGAGGCGCUAGGAACAUGCGGUGGGUGGGAUGGCCCCUCUGGUGGCAAGACGCAGUGUUCUAUCUGCAGCAGAUAAGAACACUGAAUCUGCGGCUCUAGCCUCAGUUCUGCUAGCUAACUAAGCAAAGGUUUGGCUUUGUUUCCACCCCUUUCAUGUAUUAGGUUUUCUGUGAUGUAUGCCUAGAGCUCUUUUCUUUGCUGACUGUGUUGAAAUUCAUCCAUCCUGAACUUUGUGAGCAGAGCUGUAUGCAGUAUUUCUGAGGCAGUCUUACCCAUGUUUUGUACAAUGCCUCAAAACCUGCCUUCUCUCUCUCUCCCGGGAAUACAUCAACAAAUUCCUCCUAUUACCACACUUGCAUCUGUAGCAGAAGGUGGACUUCUACCUUAGGCAGCACUGAUGCAUAAGGCAUGACCUUUAUUUCCCCUUACUGCUAUGGAGAUCCUCUGAUUCAGACACCUUGUGGUUUUUACAGCAUAAUCUCAACCAACCUGGUUACUGCUGUGCAAUUUGCUUUGUGUGAUGUGAGGUGCUUCCAGAAAGCCUAGAGCUUAGGGAAUUCAAAUGAGGGGAGAGAUG